UGGUGGACAAACGCGGCGCAUGCGCACACCGCGGUUUGUCUGCGUGUCAUGUUGAUGAAUGCUGGGGCUGGAGUCAACAUGUCCACCGCUGCUGCUCCACGGAACAAUAACGAAGAGCCCGGGCUGCACGGCUCUUGGGUAGAGCUGGAGCUAAAUGGAAACAGGGGGGCACAAGGUGUGCAGACCAACCCGCUAAUGGCACCCGCUGCAGACCAAAUAAACGCCAAUGCUGGCCCGAGUGAAACUCAGCAGACCUUGGAUGUGGUGCCUGAGAGUGAUGAAACCCUGAAUGGAGGGCUCGAGCAUGUGCCGUCAUCCUCCUCAAUCCACAAUGGAGACAUGGAGAAGAUCCUCCUGGAUGCACAGCAUGAAUCCAGCCCGAGUAGCUCCUCCUGUGAUAGUCCUCACAGGCCACCGAGUCCAGAUCAGGACGAGGGUCAGAUAACUUUUGAUGUGGAGAUGCCGAGCCCAAGAGGUAGUCAGUCAGACGAAGACAGUCAAGAGCAGGACAGAGACGAUGACAUCCUGCUCAACAAAGAAGUAGACUGGGUCGCUGAUUGGUCCAGCAGACCGGAAAACAUUCCACCAAAGGAGUUCCACUUCAGGCACCCUCGACGUUCAGUAUCCCUCAGUAUGAGAAAGAGUGGCGUCAUGAAGAAAGGUGGCAUCUUCUCUGCUGAAUUCCUCAAAGUCUUCAUCCCUUCCUUACUCAUCUCACACAUCCUCGCUCUUGGACUCGGGGUGUACAUUGGGAAGAGAAUUGCCACAGCCUCCACCAGCUCUUACUGAAUAGAAGAUGAAGCAGUGCCUGGAUGUUCUCCUGUCUCUAAGUCUCCUGAACCAUCCUCCUGUAGUCAAGCUGUCUCUCUGCAUCUUAUCGUACGCCACGUUUUCUCUUAACAAUCCGCAUUAAAUCCUUUCACAUUGUAGAUGUAGUUAUACAGAGUUUUACACAUGAUGUAAUGUGGUUGCAUUCCAUCACAUUUUUGACACAGGACAACAUUGUACCCAGCAGCUGUCACCAACUUGAAUCCAGUAGAUAACACACCCUGUUAGAGCUGGAAAAUGUUCUGUUCAGCUCGGUAAUAUACAGCAAGGAUUUAAUGUCUGGUGGCUUCGGGGUUGAAGUUUCUCUACUUUUUUCAAUGUUAUGUCAUGAGAAAUCUGGCCUUCUCUAAAGCUGCGGAAGCAGAGUAUACAAACCAAAAAUAUUUGCCAUUAUCUACAAGACAAACAAAUCGAAUUGGCUCUGGGAACAGAAAGGACUUUUAUCGCCUUAAUUUUUUUAGCUAAACAUUCAAGGUGCAGUUAUUGGGGCGGGGGGGAACAAACAAUGCUGCACGGUGGGAUUUGUUUUUAAAUUCCACUUUUCUUUUCUUUUUUUUUUAAGAAUCUAAGUUACAGUGUCACGUUGGCUCCCGAGGGGUUUCUCUGAAACGCUUUGUUUUUAUGAAGGUUGGAAAAGCUUAAACAUUAAUCUAGUAUGUAGCUGCAAAACUUUUACAAAGUGGUGGUUUGAGUACCUAUGAUAGAUGAAACUAGGCUGGAUGGCAAUUCACCAGGCUAUAUGCUAUUUUGAUUUCUUUUUGCCUACAUAUCGUCUUCUUUAACAUAACAUAGCAGCAACGGCAAAGUGCCAAAUUUGUAUCUUUCACCACUGCACAUUGGUGAUUUAUCUUUAGACUGUUUUUGUUUAUUUUAUGAUAUGUUUAGGUAUUUAAAGAUGUAGAUGUGAAAAAUAAGCUGUGAUCUGCCCCACGUACACCCUUUUUGACAUUGUAUAAUUUGAUAUUAAUGCAUAUUAUAUCAUUGUUAUUAUAUAAGCAUUGUGGCGUUGUACGUAAUGUGUUUUUGCUGUCGUUAAAUGCUGACGCGUCAGUGGCACAAUCCACCACAGUGGAAGCUAUUUCCAGGGGCCUCAUUUAAGAGUUUUAUCUGACUUUUAUCUAGGAUACACUGUGCAAUCAUUUCACAUAAUAUGAUUCAAUAAACAGUGUAUAGUGUGUGUAGAACUUCCAGAGAAACCAGAGGAGCAUUUACUGAAGAAAAUGCAUGUGAUUCCUGUAUAUUGAUGCCAAUCGGACGACUGGAUGAUUCUUCUGUCAGUGUUUGUAAAUGACAUUACAGAGUCACAUGACCAUAAUGUACAGUGUUGGCUGCGCUGGUUUUAAAGCACUCAACUCGCAUUCAGGCUUUAAUGCAUUCUAUAACUCAUACUAACUGUCAUCAUAACAGGCUUAUGUACAGUUGAUCAGUGUGCAAUACAGAGCAUUUUGGAAUUUGAAUAAAGUUUGUACUGUAUACAGUGGCUGAGAUAUAAAUACAAAGGGUGUGAAUAAAGCUCCAAAGAUCUCAAUGCAUUAUUUAAGUCAUAAUACCUAAUAAAAUGCACAUAUCAUCA